AUGAAGACGGCAACAGCGAAAGAGUUUGCCAAAGUCUUCGUGAAACAUGUGAUACUGGUACAUGGAGCACCGCACAUCUUACACACAGACCGUGGAAGGCACUUCACAGCGGAAGUCUUAUCGAAAGUCACCAAUGCGUUUAAAAUUAAACACGCGUUCGGAACGGCAUACCACCCUGAAGGCCAGGGCCAAGUCGAAAGACAGAUGCAGAUCAUCGGAGAUGGUCUUGCACAGUAUAUGAAAGCGGGAAACGAACGGAAAUUUAGCAAGUACCUCCCGUACGUGGUUUCGGGAAUGAACAGAGUGGUACAUGCUACAACCGGCUACUCGGCAUAUUACAUGCUACAUGGAAGAGAGAUGAUUAUGCCAGAGGAUGUGGUGACAAAAACGAACUUACCAGAUGAUUAUGGUACUCCAGACGAAUGGGUGGAGACCAUGAAAAAGAAUCUGAUAUUUGCUGAAGAAGUUGCCGGAUGCAACAUAAAAGAUGCUUACGAGAAGAAAGCCGAGGUUUAUAAUAAGAAGAAAUCGGAACCGAACUUCAAAAUCGGUGACUUCGUACUCAUCCGACUACCCAAAGAUACGAGGCAAAGAAAAAAGGAAGUUCAAUCUGAUUUUAAGAAAAAGUACGAUAAAGUAUGGAAAAUCCUCAGUUUUCCACGACCAAAUGAAGUCGAAGUUAUCGAAAUAAACCCGGUUAAAGAAGCGGAUUUGAAAGUCGUCUCCAUCGAUCGAUUGAAACCGUGGCAUCCGCCAUUGACGGAAGAAUUAGAGGACGGUCAGGAACCAACGGUCCGACAGAGAUGA